AUGUCGCUGCUGCAGUACUGCACCUUGGGGGCGCUGUUGAUCCACCUGGCCUACGGAGCCGCCAGUAAGUCACGUCAUAUGUGUUUGUUCUUGUUUGCAGAAUGGGGCUACGCUCCGGGCCAAUACGGUCCCGAGAACUGGAAGACCCUGGCGCCCCAGUUCUGCAGUGGUUCGGCCCAGUCUCCCAUCGACCUGGUGUACCGCAACACGGUCAAGCAGACCUUCCCCGCCUUCACCUUUACUGGGUACAACGCCGUGCCGGGGAACGUCAACUUCACCAUGUCCAACAACGGAUACGCAGUUGGCGUAUCCUUCGACGACAACAACGCUCACCGUGUCGGCGGCGGCGGCCUGCCGGGAAACAACUACAAGCUGGCGCAGUUCCACUUCCACUGGAGCUUCCUGGACAACCUGUGGGCGGGGUCCGAGCACGAGGUCAACGGACAGAUCUACCCUGCUGAGCUGCAUCUUGUCCACUGGAACGCGGACCAGCACACGGACCUGGGCGAUGCCGUGGUGGGCAGCCGCACAAACCACGCCUCGCUCGCCGUGCUCGGCUUCUUCAUAGAGUUUUGCAACUCGGACAACCCCGCCUUUGAGCCGCUGUUGAAGUACAUCGCUAACGUCAGCCAAAGCGGCACGACGUUCAAGUACCCUAUGGCUGACCGGUUCAGCCUGGACAGCCUCCUGCCGACUGACCGAACCAAGUUCUUCCGCUACAACGGCAGCCUCACCACCCCCACCUGCAACGAGGUGGUCACCUGGACCGUCUUUAAGGAAACCAUCUCCAUCUCAAGGAACCAGUUGACCAAGUUCAUCAACAGCGUGUAUUACGAGGCACUCCCCAACACAGCCGCCACCAAGAUGCAGGGCAACUACCGCCCUCCCCAGGCCCUCAACGGCCGCACGGUCUACCGCUCAUUCGAUGACGCAACCCUCAACGUCACCCCUAGGCCUGCUCCAUGGGACGCCGACAACGCCGCCGUGCGGUUCGUGCCGGAACUGCUGUUCCUCCUUCUGACAGCUGUGUUCGCCGCCAUGUUUUACUGAUUCCAAAAGAUGCUAA